GGACGGAUCAGUAGCAGGAAUCAUCUCCGUCUCAGUGCAAUACCCGGCAAGGGUUUUCGUAAAGCAGCUAGUUGGAAAGCAACGCGGAAGUUACUCACUCGUCGUAACUAUUUUUUGGGACUUUUUACACAGAAGGGACAAUAUAAGAAGCAAUAAGUUGUUGUAGAAGCUGCUCAGUACUAAAAGGUUGCUCCGCGUGCAUGUUCUAAGUGGUGGAAUCGUUGUGCUAAGAAGAACGUUUAAAUAUUUGUUUGAAUACCGUUUGUGGAAUAAUUAUUAACCUAAAGUUACAGUAAGGUUAGGUAUUGUGCAACAGUGAAAAGACACCAAAAAGAACAUAAUCGCCUCCUCAUACGGUGGUACAAAUUGGAAAAAAAUUCUUCAAUUAAUGUACCGAGUGGAAUGUGUUAUUGCUGAAGUAUUUUUACCAAAAUCCGUAUGCUACUCCACACAACCGCACCAAGAUGUCGUUAACAACACCGAACUUAAUGUUUCAUACAAUGUUUCUGAUUGGGAACUUUACGAAUUACAACGGAGAAGGAUGCUUUGGAAUGUUUGGAUGCUAUCCUAUCAACUCACCCUGGACCAGUGCAAGACGUCCGAUAGCAUUGUUUCCCCAGUCUCCAGAGGAACUCGGUGUUAGAUUUGUGUUUUUCAAUUCUCAAAACAGAGGAAUACCGCAACAUCUCAACCAAUAUUCCCACUAUCUGGACAUGCCAGAGAUCAUUAACGAGGCGAAUAUCAAUCCAACCAAAACGGUCUAUUUCAUAUCGCACGGAUUCCUGGAGAAGGGAGCUACCAAAUGGAUCGAAACAAUGAUGAAUCGACUGUUGGACAGAGAUCCGGAAUCUACCGUCAUUGUUAUCGAUUGGGGUUUAGGGUCCAAUCCACCGUACAAUCAAGCAGUUGCAAAUAUAAGAUUGGUUGGAAAUAUUGCUGCACACUUCAUUAAAAUGAUGAAGGAACAACUCAAUAUGGAUAAUCUAGAUAAUGUGCACAUGAUCGGCCAUUCACUCGGUGCCCAUUUGUCGGGCUACACUGGUUCGACGUUGAGGAAUGAUCUCGAGCAAGGAUUGAUCGGUAGAAUCACAGGUCUAGAUCCGGCCGAGCUAGCAUUCACCGAGACGGACGUGCUGGUACGCCUGGAUCCGAGUGAUGCACAGUUCGUGGAUAUAGUGCACAGUGACGCAACACCGUUCGUGCCGAAGAUCGGGCUCGGACUGUUCGAACCGAUCGGGCACGUAGACUUCUAUCCGAACGGUGGCUUCAAUCAACCUGGCUGCGAUCAGACGUUCUGGAAGCAGAAGAAUCGUUUCGUCUCCACCAUGUUUCAGUUCUUCAGCUGCAGCCAUUCGCGAGCGUACACGUAUUUCUCGGAAAGUAUUAUAAACCCGCUAAAGGUGGUGUCCUGCGCGUCGUACGAUAGCUACAAUGCGGGCGAAUGCUUUGACUGUGGUGCAGACAGUACAUACUGUCUCGAUUUCGGUAUGAACAGUAUUGCCGGUUACCGGGAGCUAGUGGCGCAGGGCAAAAUAAACCCGCAGAGUAAUCAACCGAUCCAACUGUACUUUCAAACGGAUUCACACGCACCAUUUCUGAAGCCAAAUGUGAAGAUUACCAUUAAGAUUUCCAACACGAAGGAAAGCGUUGAGCAUGGGCCUGAAAUUGGGAAGAUCUUUUUGUACAUUGAUGGAGGUGAUAGUAGCGAACCGAAGCGGAUCUACUUCAAUGAGGCUCCGAUCUUGUUCGAACCUGGAUAUAACUACUCCAGCGUUAUUGCGGUUCACAGCAGCAGUAAACCAAUAUCCGUCAAAUUGGGUUGGGAGUAUGUGACGAAUCUGUUUAAUCCACUCACCUGGCGCUUGUUGGCCGCACCCCGUGUAUACAUCGAGCAUGUGGAUGUACAGUUCUUAACCCACCACCUGACGCAGAGACUCUGCCAGACGACGAAUGUCCCCGUCACCACCAACGAAGUGAGCGUAUUAACCGAGACGAAAUGCAAACACAAACAGCACUGAACCAGGAUACUGGACUGGAUACAAACCCGUAGCUGCGGCAGCAUCGAUUAUGUUUAACCUAAUUUAAAUCUCACAACUCAACGUCCAUUUACGAUUAUCGCGCAAACAGGCACAAGCUGGUUCGCGCCUCUUAUCAAUGCAAUGUAUUGUAAUUAACGAAAGCACACACAAAUUGUAAUGUAAAAAAACGUAUAUAAAUAUAUCAAGUAUAGAAAGUACUAAACUUCAA